UGAUCGGAAAUAAUGCCCAAUGAUGUCAUCGCCAAACCUUCAUUCUCACGUGGAAAUUAUUGCUCCCGGAUUUUUUUGGCAACUUGCUUAAUGGUUGCAUUGGAAAGCAAGCGAACUGCGUCUUCUCUUGGCAAUGUGCAGUGAAUGACGUGCGUGUAUUAGAACUGUAUAUAUAUUUUAUAAACCACGGUGACAGUGACUUCAUGUAUCUAUACAACUUGGAUUGCCAACAUCAGAACAACUGGCAAUGUUAUAUAUUUUAUCGAUCAUGUUCAUUUGAGAUGAUUUGGCCUAUGUGAAAAUCAAGUUUUCUGCAGGACAUCAAAAGGUUUUCGACAGAAUCUACCCAGGUUACGGACAUCCUGUUUUGGAAGAAAUUUCAGCAGCAGUGCGGUGGAUUUUACCUUGGCGAAUAUUGCGAGUAUUACUGCAUUGUUAUAUAGGCUUAAACAGCAAAGCCACACGUAUACAAGGGGCUCUUCGGUAUUCAUUGGCGACAAUCUUGCCGUUUAUACACGUAAAUUGUUAUUUAAGUUAAUCCGAAUUUGCUGUGUUUCGAAACACCUAUUGACGAGGCCACUCGAACUUGACCUGAACGCUAUUAACAAACAACACGUGUAUAUUUGUGCGUAAGAACUUUCUGUCCGCCCGUUUCUACAUUUGAGAGCCAAACUCUACAGCGUACCGGUCUUUAACCAGUCUGUGCCAUACUAGAGCAAAACAUUCUGAUUACCUGGCGGGGAACAUCCAUAUUGGAAUCUUUUUGAGGACUUCGUGAAUGUCGUUCGUUUACACCAAUACCUGCAUAUGUGUUGAUACCGAAUCGUUUACCUGCUAAUUUUGAGACGUUUUAAUUCUUACCUUGGUGCGCGGGAGCCAUAUUGCAGGCCUACAAAAACUCGCGCGAUCUGGCAGAACGUCUACAACUAUUUUUUUUUUAUCGUCUACUUUGACACAAAAGUCAUCUCCACCUGACUUCAGCUUCUUUUGUAUAGUGUAAAGACAGCCUAUAAUAUACCAGAGACAUGAACGCCUACAUUUCUAAAAAGACUGAUGGCGACUUCGUGCGUGUUCAAAGAUUACAACCGUUUCCAGGAGAUCUUAUCGAAAUUGACCGUGGUCGGUAUAGGCAUUGGGUGUUAUACGCUGGCAAUGGCAUGGUUCUGCAUGUAACGGGACUUGAACGGGAGAUAUCCGUGAAAUGGGCACGCGUCCGCCUCAGUGACUUGGAGUCCGUGAGCCAUGGCUGUUUGGCUCGCGUGAAUAACAAAAUUGCUGAGGCGAAAAAGCGACUCUUGUCCCCGCGAAAUUCGGACGAAGUUGUCGGAGCGGUGACGAAGUGUGUGGGAGCCAUUGUACCGUAUAAUAUCCUUACCAGAAAUUGUGAGCAUUUUGUCACUGAGUGGAAAUUCGGAGUUGCCUGGAGUGAACAGGCCUCGUUGUGGAACACGCUGCUCAUUGGCGGAUAUAUCAGCUAUAACUUCCUGGGUUGUGUCAUCCGCCGGAUGAGGAAUUCCACCAGCCGGUACCUGCGCAGUUAUGUGUAUGCAAAUGAGGAGAGGGCGGGAUCCUAAAGGUCAAAUGAAUCGAUCUCCAUUCAUGGUCCUAAUCGUCACGCACGUGCCCGUGAUUGACAGGAAGCGGUGUGUGGUUUUGGGACUUUUUGUACCUGCGUGCAGUGCCUACUGUUGGAUUUCCGUUCAUUUGCGUUUGAGUGUGUGAUGCCUAUUGAGCGGAAUUCGAAGUGUUUUAAUUUG